AUGACCGACAAUGCCGAGACAGAGCUGCGCAUACCCUCACCUCAGGCAGGUGUCGACCUCGUCGGCGUUCUGCAUCGCAAACCUUCGUCUUCAAGCAACGCACCUAAACGCAUCGCCUUGAUCCUCCACGGUCUUCUCGCGCACAAGAACCAAUGCUACCACCGAGCGCUAGCACAGGCGCUACCAAUAGACUCGUAUCGCUUCGACUUCCGCGGCAAUGGUGACUCCAAGGGCGACUGGACCAUGGGCGAUCUCAGCAACGACGUCAAGGACCUCUCGAGCGUUAUCAACCACCUGCAUCACCAGCACGGCUACACUGUGGAUCUCAUCGUGGGGCAUUCAAGAGGGUCCAUGAUCUCAUGGAUGUAUCUUGCCAGGUCAACAGAUGAGCUCAAGAGCGAUCUCGGCGAAGCAGCAUACGUGCCCAAUCUCAUAGUCGUAUCCGGGCGAUAUCACAUGGAAAAGGUGCUCCAGACCUACGGCAGAUUCCAACAGGGUUUCGACAAGGACGGUUUCUACAGGUGGCAGAUCACGAGCGCAGGUCAGAAACGAGAGUACGUUGUUUGGCCACACGAUCUGCAGCAGAUGUCCGAGUUCAAAACCCCGGCCCCGCUAAUUGCCCAACUCAACACCAAGACCGACGUGCUCGUACUUCACGGAACAGCGGAUCAGAUCGUACACGAGGAGGAUGCACACAGCUACUUUGGCGCUCUCGAGUCCGAUAAGCAGCGCAGGCCCGGAUCGCAUCGCUUGCAGCUGGUGGAAGGAGCGGAUCACAUGUAUCGCGGCCGCACCCAGCCUGUUGUUGACUACAUCUGCGGCUGGUACGGUGAGCGCUUCAACAAGAACGGAACGACGACAAGAGUGUCUUCGCCGUCAAGACUGUAG